UUGCUAUCUACUCAGAAUGCGAAAAAAGCGAGUUUUAAUUGUAGUUCCUUUUCAUUUAAUUCGCCUACCCUUGAUAUCAAAUAGCGUCGUUCUUUGCCUUAGAAACGUCCACGUUGGAUACGGAGAUUCGCCAGAGGAUGGAGGAUCUGGUUGCCACUUGCAACUCAAGGCAUUCUACGUGAAAAUCGACCUAAAAAUGAAGUCAAUGCAGACAUUAUCUUUCGUGAUUACUGGUUGUUGUUUAGUCAAAAAGAAGUUUCUGUUGCAUGCAUUGCAUAUUUCCCAAUUAGAGCAACUCCACCACCACGUUCACCCACGUUAGUCGUUGUCACGCAGCGAUCCACCCCCACGUAGACUAUCGAUAUAUCCUGUCGAUCCUCAAAAUAAAUCUAGAAGCUUAGAAUAACGCUGAUGCGAACGAUAACAGCGAGAGAAUUUCGCUGACCCUCAUGUUUCGAGAUAGGGUCUACGCGGCCGGGCGAGAGGCCUCAACGUCUCUGCUCAUGAGCACAACGUCUAGUUACUGCAUACGGUCAGAAUCAGCAAUGAUCUUACCAGAAUUAAUCAUUGAGAUAUCUGGAACGUCCGUGUGUGAUUACUUCUCUGCUAUCCAAGAGGAAAAAAAUUCGUUCGGAAGGUGGUGGAAGAUGA